AUGGUGUGUUCCCUCAACCUACCGAGUGCCCAAUAUGGCAAUGUACGGUCACUAUUGGUCCAGCCACACGACUGUGCGGAGGUUGCCUUGUACAGCGAUAGAAGAGUCUACGAGCUCCAUUUCAAUAACGAGCAAGAUCAGGUAUGGCGACAGUUGAUUACCCGCAAGAGCUUCUCUGAGGCGUUGAAAGUGGCACCGAACGCAGAGGACAAGGCGUUGGUCGUGGCAGCGGAAGGGGAGGAGCUCUUUCGAUCGAACGACUUCAUCGCAGCAGCCGACAAGUUGGCACAAGCCGGCACCACCGCCGUAUCCUUUGAGGAGGUCUGUCUGGCCUUCAUCUCACAAGAUCAGCACAGGGCUCUGUUGAACUACGUCACCAAGCUGACUCGUAGUCUAGUCUAUGGUGGAGCUCGACGGAAAGGAGUACAAGUCCCGGUCAUGUUCCUGUGGGCAGGCCAGAUGUUCUCUCCGGUACUCUUCCGUGCGCAUCCUGAGCAGUUCAUCACCUACCUGAUAGCCGUGCCGAGGUCGGGGGUGGGGUCUUGGCAGACUGUGGACCCUCGUUUGUCUCGCACUAUGCAGCUCAUUGGGGGUGAGCCCUCGUCCUGGACUGCUCUGAUGGACCUGCUGACCCAGCUGAAGGCGAUGGAGCCCGAUGAGGAUGGGGAGGAGCAGGAACUCUGCCGGUACAUCAGGACUCAAGGCGAGAUGCCGCACUUUGACGUCACCUCCGCGUUGAGGGUUUGCUACAGCAUGGGGAAGACUAGAGCUCUCACUGUUGCGUACGGUCUUGUAGGGCAGUACAAGCUCGCAGUUGAUGUAGCCUUGGAGCAUGACGAUCUCGAUUUGGCCAUCCACAAUGCACAGAGAUGCCGGUCGAGCAAAUCGGAGAAGAGGAAGAUAUGGUUGACUAUCCUGAACUAUGAGGCUAAGAAGGGCGAUAUGAAUGCUCUGUUGAAGUUCUAUCAGGAAUCAGAUGACGUUCUCACCAUCGCAGACGUGCUCAGUUCGAUACCUGUGAACAGUAGCAAUGGCGCUACGUUGGGUAUGUUUAGGUCGGAGAUUGAGAAGAGCCUGGAUCAGUAUGAGACUGACAUACAUCUCUUGAAUAUGGAGCUCGAACAGCAUAAGAAGACUAUGGAUGUAAUCGAAUCCUACACGAGUCAGCGAGCUGUCGAGCGAGACUUCGGCGGUGGGCCGAGUGAUGGCAGCAAUGUUGAGGGUGGUCUUGGAAGAUGUGUGAUAUUGUCGCAGACCCAGAGGUGCGAUCUUUGUCGUCAAAUCAUCUACUCUCGUGGGUUCUAUGCAUUCCUUUGUGGACACACCAUGCAUAAGGACUGUCUUGAGGAAGCAAUCGCCUUGAUGCCACCUGCGAGUGGUACGGACAGUCCCAAGGACCCAGCAGCUGACUGCUACAUAUGUGGUUCUAAUUUGAUGGACUCGUUGUUUAUGCCGUUCAUUGAUCCCAACUACGAUCGCAAUGAGAUGCGAGAUUGGGAAGUCGGUAUUGGACGUUGA